AUGGCAAGGCUGGAAAAAGGCCCACCUGCACUUCCUGCAGAUGCUGACUUGCCAGGGGAUAGAAGGAAAUAUCCUCUGUAUAAGGAAGGGGAUGACAUCGAGGCCUUUCUUCAGAACUUUGAACAGGUCUGCAUAGAUUACAAGGUCACAGAGGAACGGUAUAUGGAGAAGCUGCUACCACAAUUGUGUGGAGUCCUGGCUUCAGUGUCUGGCCAGAUGGAAGGCGAAGCGAGGGCCAACUAUAAGCUCUUCAAACAAAGAGUGCGUGAGAGAGUGGGGUUCACCAAAGAAGGGGCCCGGAAGCGCUUUAGGGAAAUCAGACUGGAAGACCAAACCAGCCUCGUAGAACAAGUGAAACGAGUAAAAGAAAUUGAAGCAAUUGAAAGUGACUCCUUUAUUCCACAAGCAUUCAGAUCAAGUAAAGAAGUCAAAAAGGUGACAGAGCCUGUUGAAAUAAAGAUUGAACCUGCAACUGUAGCCGUGACAAAUGCUGGUCUGAUUAGUAAUGAAAAAGAAACAGUGACUGCAAGUAUACCUACUGCUAUCAAGUACCAAGAUGAGAACUCACUAGCCCAUCCCAAUCUGUUUGUUGACAAGGCAGAAGCUGAAGAAAGAUGGUUCCAGCGGCUGAUUGCCCUUCGACAUGAAAGGCUGAUGGGCAGUCCUGUGGCCUGAGCUAACAGCCUACCGACUUUCACAGUCUUCUCUGCUAUGAAAUUCCAGGGGUAAAACUGGAUGAGUGUCAUGGUAAAUAUGGCCUGUGUCAAUACGACCCUUUGACACUGACCAGGAUGGAACUGGGGUGAGAGGGGCAUCAGAGAGGGAACUGCCAUGUGGAGAAAGAGGCCUGCCAUUGAGCAGCCGGUAAUGAUUUUUUUGGCUGUACUUUUAGAGAGAACCUAAUCCUGUUGAGAGGUGUGUGUAAAGGGUUUGUUUUAUCAACCCAUUUCCCUGGUGUUGCCAAAUACAAUAUAAUGUCUUUAUAAUUCAGAACUGAAGGUUACCCGUUUUUCAUUGUCAGAUACUAUAGAAUGUAUACAUUUUCUACCAAGAGAAUUAAGCAUGUCUCUUGAGUUUUUUCUGUUCUUUGACAUUGUCAUUUAAAAAAUUUCAUUGCAUGUUUUGCUGCCAGUAACAGAUUAUUCUGAAUACAGAUAGAACACAGGUGCAUAGAGAAAAUGGGAAAUGGAGAGAUGAUCAUAUGGCUUUCUUCAGACAAACAACAUAUAUAGAAAACACACACAUUAUGUUUUAAUUCUGUUUUGUAAAAAUCAGACAUACCACAGGAGAUAUUAAUGUAGGAAUUCUUGAGGAGGUAUUUGUGGUUUCUUGAUGGAGCAACUUAAGGAUACAUCCGUGCAAUCCUAUGCAGUUGAACACCCUUCUAAAGCAGGCUUAGAAGGAUCUAACUAAGCAUAGGAUGGCACUGCUAAACUAUUCUGUUUUCAAUUCAUGCUCAGUGGUUUAUUUAUUAGAUAUAUUUCAAGUGUUAGGACUGAGGACUUUCCCUGAAGUUAAAAAUAAAUAAAUAAAUAAAUAAAUAAGCCUAAGUCUCCAUCAGGCAAUACUGAGUUGAUUUUAAGAUCUACAGUUGCUUGCUUGGCAUAGAAAACAAAUCAGUAAGCUAAAGUAUUUAGUAUGAUAUGUAUACAUUGUGCUCAUUGAAUCCUCCUUCAGGGAAAUUAGCUCAUAUCCUCUCCCAUACCUUUAUAUAUACAGUGCAAGAUCAUUCUAGCAGAACAAUAAUGUCAACCAAACUUUGUUUCUUCCCUUAAAACCCCUGUUUCCCUAUCUGCAAGAUAGAUGGAAGCCGGAAGAGUGAGAAAUGGCUUUUCAGUAAU